UGCCGCUGCCGCCGCCGCCGCCGCCGCCGCUUUGUUGUCGCCUCCUCCGGCUGAGGAGGCGCCCCGAGCGGGGGGAGUGGGGAGGAGGGGGGUCGGCCGCCGCAGCCAUGGAGGCCAACUGGACCGCGUUCCUGUUCCAGUAUUGUUUUAACGUGCUUUGAUGAGAUUGAUAAUGAGAUAAGCCAACUUAAAAAUGCAUUGGAAAAGAAAUGAUAUAUAACCAGCUUGCAUCCAGCUAUUAAAAUCUUUUUUUCCACCUGAUGGAGAAGUGUGAAAGCUAAUAUUUGAUCCUGGGCUUGGCAAUGUGUGCAGUGAUAAUUUAGAGCCGAGGACAGUUGAAUGGAGAACAAGUUGGGGAAACCCAGUUCCCCUCUUAGAAGGCUUCAUGUAGAAGUGUGGGGAUCCUAGGAAUCCUCAGAGAGUGAUUCCUGUAGUGGUCAAGGCAUUCUACAGCAUUUCACCCGAGAAGCAGGGACCUGGUGUGACCUCGUGUGAGAGUGAGCUUCAGCAAUGCUGUAAAAAUACUUUAUGUUGCCACAGACAUCUGAAUUGGUAAAAUGGCAGCCCAUGAAGCCUCCCAUCAUCAGCAGCAGGCAGCACAGAACAGUUUGCUGCCCCUUCUGAGCUCUGCUGUGGAGCCCCCUGAUCAGAAACCAUUGCUUCCAAUACCGAUAACUCAGAAACCUCAGGCUGCUCCAGAAACAUUAAAGGAUGCCAUUGGGAUUAAGAAAGAAAAGCCCAAAACUUCCUUUGUGUGCACUUACUGCAGUAAAGCUUUCAGGGACAGCUAUCACCUGAGGCGGCACGAGUCCUGCCACACAGGCAUCAAGCUGGUGUCCCGGCCAAAGAAAACCCCCACCACGGUGGUUCCCCUCAUCUCCACCAUCGCUGGGGACAGCAGCCGAACUUCGCUGGUCUCCACCAUUGCAGGCAUCUUGUCCACAGUCACUACAUCUUCCUCGGGCACCAACCCCAGCAGCAGUGCCAGCAGCACAGCUAUGCCCGUGACCCAGUCUGUCAAGAAACCCAGUAAGCCUGUCAAGAAGAACCACGCGUGUGAGAUGUGUGGGAAGGCCUUCCGAGAUGUGUACCACCUCAACCGGCACAAGCUCUCCCAUUCGGACGAAAAGCCCUUCGAGUGUCCUAUUUGCAAUCAGCGCUUCAAGAGGAAGGACCGCAUGACUUACCACGUGAGGUCUCACGAAGGAGGCAUCACCAAACCCUAUACUUGCAGUGUUUGUGGGAAAGGCUUCUCGAGGCCUGACCACUUAAGCUGUCACGUAAAACAUGUCCAUUCAACAGAAAGACCCUUCAAAUGCCAAUUUUCCUCCCUCAUGCAGACAUGCACUGCUGCCUUUGCCACCAAAGACAGACUGCGGACACACAUGGUGCGCCACGAAGGCAAGGUGUCCUGUAACAUCUGCGGGAAGCUCCUGAGCGCAGCGUACAUCACCAGCCACCUAAAGACGCAUGGGCAGAGCCAGAGUAUCAACUGCAACACGUGCAAGCAGGGCAUCAGCAAAAUAGCGUGCAUGAGUGAAGAGACCAGCAACCAGAAGCAGCAGCAGCAGCAGCAGCAGCAGCAGCAGCAGCAGCAGCAGCAUGUGACAAGCUGGCCAGGGAAGCAGGUAGAGACAUUGAGACUGUGGGAAGAAGCUGUCAAAGCAAGAAAGAAAGAAGCUGCUAACCUGUGCCAAACCUCCACGGCUGCUACGACACCUGUGACUCUCACUACUCCAUUCAAUAUAACGUCCUCUGUGUCGUCUGGGACUAUGUCAAACCCAGUCACAGUGGCAGCUGCAAUGAGCAUGAGAAGUCCAGUAAAUGUUUCAAGUGCAGUUAACAUAACCAGCCCAAUGAACAUAGGGCAUCCUGUGACUAUAACCAGUCCAUUAUCCAUGACCUCUCCUUUAACACUCACUACCCCCGUCAACCUGCCCACCCCCGUCACUGCCCCGGUGAAUAUAGCACACCCUGUCACGAUCACGUCUCCAAUGAACCUGCCCACACCUAUGACGUUAGCUGCCCCUCUCAAUAUAGCAAUGAGACCUGUAGAGAGCAUGCCUUUCUUACCCCAAGCUUUGCCUACAUCACCACCUUGGUAAACAGUGUUAUAAAAUCAGAAUAUGGGAUAAAGUAAAUAUUUACCAGCAACUUACUUUUAGUUUAUUAAAGCAAAAAGUAAACCAUGAGAUUGGGAGAUUCUAUUAGUUAAUAAUAGUGUAGUAGCAUUUUCCUCCAAUUUGGCUGGGAUUGUUCACAGUAGGGUAUGUACGUCAUUUAUCAUUGGACCACUUUAGUUUAAUCAGAAAUUCCUUUUAGCUGACAGCAUUGCUUAAACAGGAUAGUAGUUGGCAAGAUGAAACAUCAGAAUUAAAACCAGUCAUAAAAAAGCAAAAUCCAUUUCAAAAUAAAACAGCAUUACUGUUUCUAAUCCCAAGAAAUCAUUUUAUGCUAAACACUAGCAGAGCUCUUCUCCCCAUAUGAACAAGGUGGAUGGCGGAUUUUAACCUGAAGUUCUAAAUCCACGGAUUGUGAGCUAGUGUAUUGUCUGUGUUUGUUUUUAUGAGUAAAUACAUGCAUUGUCAUAAUAAAAUGCAUUUCAGAGAAUAUGCAUUUUACCUUUGGGAAUAUGUUAAUUUCAGGCAGCAUUCCCUAUGGGAAAGGUGAUACCAGCUCUGAUAUGCAAAGCAUAUGAUAAUUUAUCAUUCUAACUUCAACACAUAAUAGGGAUUGUGACCUGAUAUUUGGAGAUGUAAAUAUUGCUCUGCAUACUAAUCCUGAUGAAAUACAGCAUUGUAGUUGACUUUUUAAAAAAAUUUAAAAAACAAAAACAAAAUAUACACAUUGUGUUUUGGUAAGAAAAGGCCGCAGCUGGCAGAGGAGAAGUCAGGUGUGCGGACAAGCAGACUCCUAACAAACGGAGGCCAGCGGGACUCCUGUUCAGGGGUCACAGAGUACUUCAGAACAGUUAAAAUGUAUUUGCUUUAAAUUGGAAGACGCUGGAGGCACUGGGAUGUGAUAUGCCCCUCUCUCUCCCAAUCAGAGCCUGUUGAUGUUUCAACAGGGAAAGAUGUGUUAGUUGCUCACUAGAGUUUAUGUCUUAUAUUAAAUUGUAUACAGUUUUUAUUCUAACCACUAACUAGGUAGUAUGCCCCUUCAGAACAAGCAGAGUCUAUCUUUUUUUUUUUUUCUCCUUCCGUUUCUUAAUCAAGUAUUGUGCAGAUUUGUUCAACUUUGUAAAUACAGACAUCACUUUUUUUUUUUCUUUGAGAAAACACUUGUAUCAGCUUUGUGAGGUUUUCAGGGAGACAGCUGUCUGCACUCCCUACAGAAACCCAGCAAUGAUUGUGCACGUUAAGACAUGUGCUUUUUAUUUCUUAGCAGGAUGUUUUUAUCUCUGUACAUAAAGUAGAAACCAAAAGCUAGGGAAACAGAUACUCUCCACCAUCAUGCCAGACAUUAAUGUUUUUAAAGCAUUGUGUUUUUUUUUUUUAAGUUACUAAAACCAAGACGCUGUGAUUUUUUUUUUUAAGUUGCAAUAUGUUUUUGGUUUUUUCCUUUUUUAAUCUUGCAGUUAAGAGAAAUGGACAUUAGUUGUGUUAAUCUUGCAAAAUGUUUGCAGGACUGACUAUCAAACUGGAUGACUUCCAUUUAUGCCCCACUGUGUCAGUUCAAGCAUCAAAAUACCUUGCGUCUGAGGCAGACUUCCUACAUCAGGGACAGGUAUCUGUGUGUCAUUAUACAAAACAGUUCGAGGGGGUUGAACUACGUAGUAAAAAAUAAAAUAAAUAGUACUUAGUGUAAAAUAAUUUUAUAAAUGAUCUUUUGUACUUUAGGACAUUAAAUUGUACAACUUUUGUAUAUAUAAAAGCUUAGGAACUUUCUGUUUAGCAGGAAGGCAACACAUUCCUACACUUUUAAUGUAUAUGUUUGUUAUAAUGUCCAUGUAAACAUGCCCUAUGUUUGUGCCUUUUAAUUAGUUUGUCUCAAUAAACAAAAUGUAGAGAAAAA